UGUUUUGUUUUCCAAACUACCCUGCUUUCCUUUUCAACAUUAUAAUCCUUCUCUCUUUUCCAAACCACCAUUUUCUGUAUCUUCGUUUGUAGGCACUACCACACCAUUAUUGUAUUUCUGGGAUUUUCCUGAAAAUCAUUGAAAGAGUAGAAUGGAAAGACCAAGAAUUGUUGGCAUCCUUUUGAUGGGAAUCCUGGUUUGGUGCUGCAUGGCAACUUCAGCAAAUGCAGAUACAAAAAUGAUCUAUAAAGAUUCAAACCAGCCGUAUAAUGUUAGAAUCAAAGACUUGAUGGGAAGGAUGACAUUAGAGGAAAAAAUUGGACAAAUGAUCCAGAUUGAGCGCAACGUUAGUUCACCUGAGGUCAUGAGAAAGUAUUUCAUCGGUAGUUUGUUGAGUGGAGGAGGGAGUGAGCCAACUCCACAAGCUUCACCGAAGGAUUGGAUCGACAUGGUCAAUGAAUUUCAAAAGGGCUCAUUAUCAUCCAGAUUAGGAAUUCCAAUGAUUUAUGGGAUUGAUGCUGUUCAUGGCCAUAACAAUGUCUACAAGGCAACCAUUUUUCCUCACAACAUUGGUCUCGGUGCUACCAGGGAUCCUGAACUAGUUAAUAGGAUUGGAGUUGUAACAGCUCUUGAAGUCAGAGCCACAGGCAUUCACUAUGUUUUUGCACCUUGUAUUGCGGUAUGUAGAGAUCCGAGAUGGGGUCGAUGUUAUGAAAGUUACAGUGAAGAUCCCAAGAUUGUUCAAGACAUGACUGAGAUUAUACCAGGAUUACAAGGACAAAUCCCUUCUAGUUAUCCCAAGGGUGUUCCAUUUGUGGGUGGAAUGGAAAGUGUUGCAGCUUGUGCCAAGCACUAUAUAGGUGAUGGUGGAACAACCAAAGGUAUCAAUGAAAACAACACAGUGAUUGACAAUAAAGGUUUGCUUAGCAUUCAUAUGCCAGGCUACGUCAGUUCAAUUAGAAAAGGUGUUGCAACAGUCAUGAUCUCCUAUUCGAGCUUGAAUGGAGUUAAGAUGCAUGCUAAUUAUGAGAUGGUCACCAACUUCCUUAAAAAAAACCUUCGUUUCAAGGGCUUUGUCAUCUCAGAUUGGGAGGGUAUUGAUAGAAUCACUUCUCCACCCCAUGCUAACUAUACAUAUUCUAUUGAAGCUUCAGUAAACGCUGGCCUUGACAUGAUUAUGCUUCCAUACAACUACACAGAAUUUAUUGAUGGACUAACCUACCUGGUGAAGAAUAAUUUUGUUCCCAUGAGCCGCAUUGAUGAUGCAGUGAAGAGAAUUUUGCUAGUUAAGUUCACGAUGGGUCUGUUUGAGAACCCACUAGCAGAUGAAAAGAUCGUUGAGCAACUUGGAUGUGAGGCACACAGAGAAUUGGCUAGGGAAGCAGUGAGAAAAUCACUUGUGUUGCUAAAGAAUGGAAAAUCUGCAGAUGCUCCAUUACUUCCCUUGCCUAAGAAGGCAUCAAAUAUACUAGUGGCUGGUAGCCAUGCUGACAAUCUGGGUUACCAAUGUGGUGGAUGGACAAUUAAGUGGAUGGGAUUUAGUGGAAACAACCUCACAACCGGUACUACAAUCCUCACAGCCAUCAAAAACACAGUUGAACCGACUACUAAAGUUGUAUACAAUGAAAACCCUGAUGCUGAGUUUGUCAAAUCCGGUGGUUUCUCAUAUGCAAUUGUUGUAGUAGGGGAGCAUCCAUAUGCAGAGACAAAAGGAGACAACUUAAACUUGACAAUUCCUGAACCAGGGCCAAGCACAAUCACAAAUGUAUGUGGAACUGUGAAAUGCGUUGUGGUUGUAGUUUCCGGUCGUCCUGUUGUGAUCCAACCUUAUGUUGCCUCCAUUGAAGCUCUUGUCGCUGCGUGGCUGCCAGGAAGCGAGGGUCAAGGAGUUGCUGAUGUGUUGUUUGGUGAUUUUGGCUUUACUGGCAAGCUUUCAUUCACCUGGUUCAAGACUGUUGAUCAGUUGCCAAUGCAUGUUGGAGAUCCACAUUAUGAUCCCCUCUUCCCAUUAGGAUUUGGCCUCACCACUCAACCAGCCAAAGCACAGUAGCCAAUCUUUUCUAUAAGUUACAUCUACUUUCAAGUAGUUUGAAGCCAUUUACAAACUACAUUUAUAUUUUUUUCUAUCCUAGUUUUGAAUUUUUUUUAUCUUAUUUCUAUAUUAUAUGUAAUUAUUUAUCUUUAUCUUUAACUUUAUAAGUAGAGGUUUUUGUUAAUAAAUCAAGUGGAGAGAUUUCUUAAGCCUCCCAUUACUUCAAUACAA